AUGAACAGCGGCGGCGAUAGAAACUCUAUCCAAAGAGGACGGGUCCAGAAGCGAUGCUCGUUUUGCAAGAAACAGCAGCAAGAGAUCCGUAUGUUGAUUGCCGGUCCGAACAGCAUAUUUAUCUGCGACGAAUGCGUCGAACGUUGCCGAGGCAUCAUCCGCCAAGCCACUCAAGCGCCGAGGUCGGACGACGCUGAAACCAAACCGACUAACGUCUAUCCGACCAAGCCGGUUGACAUCUACGAUCAGCUUCAACAGUUCGUCAUCGGUCAAGAACAGGCCAAGAAGGUCCUCAGCGUCGGCGUCUACAACCACUACAAGCGGGUUUUGGCGAGCCAGCAUAACGGCUCCGACGAUGAUGGCGUCGAAUUGCAAAAGACCAACAUCAUGUUGGUCGGCCCUCCGGGCUGCGGGAAGACCUACCUCGCCCAGAUCUUGGCACAAAUCCUUAAGGUCCCAUUCGCCAUCGUCGAUGCCACCUCCAUCACCGAAGCAGGUUACGUUGGUGAAGAUGUAGAGAAUAUCCUGUUGCGGCUGCUCCAAGCCGCCGGAGGGGACGUUGCGAGGGCUGAGCGGGGUAUUAUCUACAUAGACGAGAUCGACAAAAUCGCACGCAAGGAUGUAAACCCUUCAAUCACUCGAGACGUUUCAGGUGAAGGCGUUCAACAAGCGUUGCUGAAAAUACUCGAGGGAAACGUCGUCAACGUCCCGCCGCAUGGUGGACGCAAACAUCCGCACCAGGAAUUUAUCCAAGUAAACACCGAGAACAUCUUGUUCAUUCUCGGAGGCGCAUUCGACGGAAUCGACCAGUUAAUCCGUCGGCGUGAAAGGCGUUCUCGUGAAGGAGCCGGUAUGGGUUUCAGGACCAAUGCCAUCGUCGACGCUUAUGCGUCGCUGCCCGAUCGCCACCUCGGGUCAGGUCGGGACCUCACCGAUGUAACACCGGAAGACCUCCGAAACUACGGCUUCAUUCCGGAGUUUAUCGGCAGGAUCCCGGUGGUUGUCGGUUUGUCUGACUUGACGCUCGAUCAAUUGGUCAAGGUUUUGGUCGAGCCGAAGAACUCGAUCGUGUCGCAAUACGAGAAGCUGUUAGGUCUCGACAAUGUGGAUCUCGAAUUCACGGAAGACGCGAUGGUGGCCAUCGCGGAAUACGCCCAGGCCCGAGGAAUGGGUGCUCGGGGUUUACGGGCGAUCGUAGAGGACGUUCUUAUGGACGCCAUGUACGCCCUGCCGUCGUGUCCGGAUGCAUCCAAGUGCAUCGUCACCAAAGAAACGAUCGUUAGUGGUGCGCAACCCAACAUCAUCGAUGGUCAAGGAAAUUCGAUAGACCCUGACGUCGACGCAGUCUCGCAAGCAGCCUAA